AGCGCUACCAGUAUGGAGGCCCAAGUGGCCCAUUUUUUGACUGUUUUAUCAUACGGAAGGGUCUGAGUACUGUUCAUAAAGAUUCUGUCUUGCUCUUAGUCUUCUGCAGUACUUCUCCAACCCUACAGUUAUUGACGGUCAGGUGAACAUCACGUACAAGGCAAAGACUGUAUACGGAUAUGGCCAGCCUAAUUAUGGUCCCGACUCUCAACUUCUCUGUUGGCAGAAGCGGCAAAAGUUUUAGGAAGACGAAUAGUGUUACUGGACGAGUUGAUGUUAUAAAGGCAAUGCGGAUAGAGAAACCUCUGGAGGAAUUAUACAAUGUGAGAGUUGAACGGAAUGUACCAGCGGAACGACUGGUGAAUCUUGGGGUUUCAAAAUGGUCUGUGUGGAAGACUGGAAAGUGCAAGUUGCCCUGGGACUGGCAAGUAGACCAAUUAGUGUACAUUGAGGAAGGGGAAGUUAGGGUAGUGCCUGAAGGUAGUGAAAAGUAUAUGCAAUUUGUUGCGGGUGACCUUGUUCGUUAUCCCAAGUGGUUUGAGGCUGACCUCUGGUUCAAUGGUCCAUACCAAGAGCGAUAUUGUUUCCGAGCAUAUGGUGAUGACUAGUAAUCCAAAUGGGGAUAGAUCUCAUUGGGGAUCGAAUCACGGAAACCCCGUAGGCAUAGGCCUUUUGCCGAAGCCGAUCAUUCCCACUCUUUGCUACAAUAAGGCAUGGUAUUCACCUUGCAGGCUACUCCAGCAUGUAUGAUUCUGCAUCAAAUCAUAUGAAUAUCAAGAGUUUCCAUUACUUACUAGAUUCACUCAACUAUCUUGAGCAAAGCAAAGCAAAUGUCAUUAGCUUUAUUUAUGUCUGAAUUAUUAUUGUUGACAUUACCCUUUUUAUAAAUUUGUUGUCCUACAGACUGUUAACUCUAUCGGAACUGUAUUGGACUUGUGGGAUUGGAAGAACAUAUUUUGUGAUC